AUGACUCUCCCAUUCAACUCCUUCCUCCCCAUUUCACCCCCUCCCCCCUCCCCAUCAGGUCCCCAUGGUCUCCUAUUCCGCCACGGACCCCUCCCUCUCACCCCGCUCCCACCCCUCCAUCACUCGCGUUGGGCCAUGACUCUCCCAUUCAACUCCUUCCUCCCCAUUUCACCCCCUCCCCCCUCCCCAUCAGGUCCCCAUGGUCUCCUAUUCCGCCACGGACCCCUCCCUCUCACCCCGCUCCCACCCCUCCAUCACUCGCGUUGGGCCAUGACUCUCCCAUUCAACUCCUUCCUCCCCAUUUCACCCCCUCCCCCCUCCCCAUCAGGUCCCCAUGGUCUCCUAUUCCGCCACGGACCCCUCCCUCUCACCCCGCUCCCACCCCUCCAUCACUCGCGUUGGGCCAUGACUCUCCCAUUCAACUCCUUCCUCCCCAUUUCACCCCCUCCCCCCUCCCCAUCAGGUCCCCAUGGUCUCCUAUUCCGCCACGGACCCCUCCCUCUCACCCCGCUCCCACCCCUCCAUCACUCGCGUUGGGCCAUGACUCUCCCAUUCAACUCCUUCCUCCCCAUUUCACCCCCUCCCCCCUCCCCAUCAGGUCCCCAUGGUCUCCUAUUCCGCCACGGACCCCUCCCUCUCACCCCGCUCCCACCCCUCCAUCACUCGCGUUGGGCCAUGACUCUCCCAUUCAACUCCUUCCUCCCCAUUUCACCCCCUCCCCCCUCCCCAUCAGGUCCCCAUGGUCUCCUAUUCCGCCACGGACCCCUCCCUCUCACCCCGCUCCCACCCCUCCAUCACUCGCGUUGGGCCAUGACUCUCCCAUUCAACUCCUUCCUCCCCAUUUCACCCCCUCCCCCCUCCCCAUCAGGUCCCCAUGGUCUCCUAUUCCGCCACGGACCCCUCCCUCUCACCCCGCUCCCACCCCUCCAUCACUCGCGUUGGGCCAUGACUCUCCCAUUCAACUCCUUCCUCCCCAUUUCACCCCCUCCCCCCUCCCCAUCAGGUCCCCAUGGUCUCCUAUUCCGCCACGGACCCCUCCCUCUCACCCCGCUCCCACCCCUCCAUCACUCGCGUUGGGCCAUGACUCUCCCAUUCAACUCCUUCCUCCCCAUUUCACCCCCUCCCCCCUCCCCAUCAGGUCCCCAUGGUCUCCUAUUCCGCCACGGACCCCUCCCUCUCACCCCGCUCCCACCCCUCCAUCACUCGCGUUGGGCCAUGACUCUCCCAUUCAACUCCUUCCUCCCCAUUUCACCCCCUCCCCCCUCCCCAUCAGGUCCCCAUGGUCUCCUAUUCCGCCACGGACCCCUCCCUCUCAGCCUCCUCUCUACUCUUCGUUGUCUUCUCCUUCUUUCCACCCUCCCUUGCCCCCAUCAGGUCCCCAUGGUCUCCUAUUCCGCCACGGACCCCUCCCUCUCAGCCGCCUCCUACCCCUUCUUCACGCGCACCAUCCGCAGCGAUGCGCUCGAGAUGCAGGCCAUAGCGGACCUGGUGACACAUUUCAGCUGGCUGGAGGUGAUCACCAUCUACAGUGAUGACGACUAUGGGAGAAACGGAGUUAACCAGCUGGCGGUGCUGCUGGAUAAGGCGUCAGUGGACGUGGUCAAGAGCAUCGCUGUGCCGCUCGACGCCUCCCUCUCAGACAUCAUCGUGCGUCUGCUCGCCGCUCAGAAGCUGGAGUCAACGGUCUUCAUCCUGCAGCUCAACCUCGAGCUCAUUGUGCCCGUGCUCACUGCUGCGUCUGAAGUGGGGAUGAUGACGCCGGGCUACGUAUGGAUAGCAACCGAGGGAGUGGUGUCGGAGCUGGAGAAUCUGCCGGAGCUCUCCACGGAAGGCAUGAUCGGCACGCGCAUCUUCGUGCCGCCCAGCCCCCAGCUGACCGAGUUUGAGCGCGCGUGGCAGGCGGAUGGGAACGGGAAUGCAACGAAUGGCAGCGGGGCUUUUGACACGACCACACUCUACACGCUUUUUGCUUACGAUGCCCUCUCCCUUAUCGCACACUCCAUCCACGCGCUCCUAUACCCCAACUCCCCUCCCCCCAUCAACGCCCCUCCUGCCGCCAACGGCAACGCCAAGCGGUGGCGAGCGGUGGAGUUGCCAAAGGGAGGAGGGGCUUCUACUGACCUGGCACGGCUGCUGGAGAACCUUGACGGUACAAAGCUCAUGGCGGCUGUCACACGCACGACAAUCGACGGGGUCACAGGGAGAGUGUCACUGGACGCACAGGGCGACCGCAUUUUCACAUCAUUUGAGAUAGUCAAUGCAGUCAACGGCCGGCUGCGCUCCAUUGGCUACUGGACCAGAGAGAGCGGCCUCGCGUCUUCUCUCGAGCCAUCAUCGACAAGCAAGGAUUCGGGCCAAUCAGUGCUGGCAGGCGUCAUCUGGCCGGGCGGGGUGUCCUUUUUGCCGCGUGGUUGGUUCCCGCGUGCCCACACGCCCUUGAAGAUCGCCGUGCCGUACAAGCAGGAUUUCACACAAUUCGUGCAGAUAGCCACCAACGACACCAUCACCGGCUUCUGCGUGGAGGUCUUUCGGGCGGCAGUGGGGCUGCUGCCCUACACGCUGGACUACGAGUUCGUCCCCUUUGGCGUUGGGAACCUGUCUCUUAGUUACACUGAUAUGCUUCGACUCGUGGCCAACAAGACAUUUGACGGGGCAGUCGGGGACAUCACCAUCACAGAGGAGCGCCAGCAGCUCGUUCAGUUCACACAGCCAGUGCAGUCUGCAAGCCUGUCAAUGGCAGUGGCUCAGGAGCCAACGAGCACGGGCGCGUGGUCGUUCCUGUCGCCCUUCUCGCUGACCAUGUGGCUGGUGAUCCUGGCAUCCACCGCCUUCACCGUCGUCACCGUGUGGUUCCUCGAGAAGAACCAGAACGAGGACUUUUAUGCCCACGGCAAGCUCUCCAGCCAGAUCAUCGACAGUGUCUGGUAUGCGCUCACCACGAUCGUCUUUGCGCAAGACAAGCCCAUUCAGACCACCAUGGGGCGAUUAGCCAUGAUGUGUUGGCUCUUCCUCGUGCUCAUCGUGACUGCCAGUUACACCGCCUCCCUCUCCUCCAUCCUCACCGUUCAGAACCUUGCUGCAACCCCUGAUAGCCUUGCUGUUGCAAUUUCUAUGAAGCUUCCUCUCGGUUACCACGAGGGGUCCUUCACCUACAAUUACCUCCUUGCCAUCGGCAUCCCCGCUUCAGUGCUGUUCCCGCUGAAAUCCAUGGCUGAAUUCGCGGACGCCCUGGGGUCAGGCAAGGUGAAGGCCGUGAUUGAUGAGGCGCCGUAUCUGGACGUAUUCAACUCGCGCUUCUGCAGCUACACGCGCGUGAAGGAGCAACUUUCUACGUUCAACUGGGGAUUCGCCUUUCACAAGGACAUGCGCGUGCCCUACGAUCUCUCAAUAGCAAUCUCAAAGCUGGCGCAGUCGGGGCAGCUGCAGAGCAUGCACGACUUCUGGAUCAAGGGCUCCACCUCCUGCUCCCUCGGGCCCUCCGUUUCUUCUACCAGCCUCGGCCCUGAAAACUUCUGGACGCUCUUUGUGAUCUAUAGCGCGGUGGCGGUGCUGUGCUGCCUUGUGUACUGCGCCAUGUCGGCUUAUACGGGGUACAGGAUUCUGAGUUAUUGCAAGAAGCUGGAGAAGGAGCUGAAGGAGGAAUUGGAGGGAAGCAAAGCAGGGUCCUCCAGGAAGGGCAAGGCAGAGGAAGGCAGCAAGGGAGCGAAGGGCGCAGGUGGCGUGUGGGGCAGCAUUCGUUCCGGGUUGCAGACGAUGGCGGAGAUCAACUUCUUUCAUGCUCUCUUCGUGGGGCUGGGGUGGAAGGACCCCCCUGACGUGCACUCUGCUCUGGUCGCCAACCAGCUACAGCACAUUGACCUGGGCAAUUACAGCACUCGUGGUGAUUUUGGUGGUGAUGUUGGUGGUGCUGCUGCUGGUGCUUCUGGUGGGUUUGAUGCUGCAGGUGGGUUUGGCGGUGGUGCUGGAGAGGAAGGGGAGAGAGGGGGUGUGUUUGCCCGAGUUGGUAGCAUGGGUGGGAGGAGCUUCAAGAACACUGAAGGCACCACCGCCAGCAGCACAGCUCGUCUUGUGAUGCGACUCAGAAGCUUCGGACAAGACGAAGGUGAGAGAGGGGAGAGAGGGGAGAGAGGAGGGGGAGGAGCGUUCGACCGAGUUGGAAGCAUGGGUGGGAGGAGCUUCAGCAAUGCGGACCGACCCACCAGCAGCAGCGGCAAUCGCUCGAAGUCAGGCAAAUCCCUCAAGAGGCGGUUUUCCAGGGGAGCCGCCGCUUCUUCUCGGGCAGAUUCGUUCAAGAACAAUGAUUUCCGGGCAGGUUCUUUCAAGUCCGCCUCGCUGAAAGCAGAUGCGUUCAUAAAGCAAAGGUCCAAUCUUUUCAAAGAGGCAGCGAGAGACGCGAGAGAGUCAAUCAAGUCAACGCCAGUCAGGAGGGCAGGGUCGUUCCGAGCAGAGUCAAUGCGGUCAGCCUCGUUCAAACAGUCCGAGGCUUUCCAAGGGGGGCCUGUGGCCCGGGCGGGGGGUUUCCGAAGCGCUUCUGUGCCCGGAGGUGAGGGGGUCAGCAGGGAGGCAGUGGGAGAGCGGGAGCAGCAGAGGCAGGAGAUUCGGCAGGAAGGGGGGGUGAAGCAGUUUGUGCGGCUGGAGAGUAAGAAAGGAAGCUUUAUGAAAGCGGAGAGUUUCAAGAGGCCUGGUCGGGCAGCUUGA